AUGGGAAAGGAGGGUGUGGCAGCUGAUGGUAGAAGUUUCCUAGAGAAAGUGCUGCCUGGUGACCGUAAGGCUGUCUCUGCUGUGUGUUGGAGUGGAGAGUGGAUGAUGGUGGUGAAGGCAGUGCAUUUCCAGGUUCAAAUCUCCACUUCCCGGUUGGAAACGCAGUGUUCACAACCAGAUCGCCUUUUGGAUGGAAUUACUUCUAUACCUCUUCGAGGUGUCGGGGAAGAACUGAGUUCAAUGGAGAGAGAGUCAUCACUCAUCAUCGGAGUCACUGAAGGAUGGCUGGUGCUGUGGCUUGUAGCCUCGUGUUUCCUGCGCCGCGUUCCUCGCAAUCCUCGCAAUCCUCUAACUGCCACCUCGUCAUUCUUCUUCUUUCCUCAACAACCUUCCCAACACGAGGCCUCUUUUGUUGCUCAGAAUCUCGCUGUGUCGCUGAUGACGCCAUAA